GAGCAGAGAUGGCUUAUGUCUCGUGUUUUUGUGGCUUCAGCGGAAAGAGCUUUGGACACAAUGAACUUCGAUGUGGUCAAAGGAAAGCCGAUCAGAAUCAUGUGGUCACAAAGAGAUCCGUCACUUAGGAAAUCUGGAGUUGGAAAUGUCUUCAUCAAAAAUCUGGACAAAUCCAUUGACAACAAGGCCCUAUACGACACCUUCUCUGCUUUUGGGAACAUCCUGUCCUGUAAGGUGGUGUGUGACGAGAACGGAUCUAAGGGUUACGCCUUUGUGCAUUUUGAAACUCAGGACGCAGCCGAUCGCGCCAUUGAGAAGAUGAAUGGCAUGUUGCUGAACGACCGCAAGGUGUUUGUGGGGCGUUUCAAGUCCAGGAAGGAGAGAGAAGCAGAGAUGGGUGCCAAAGCCAAAGAAUUCACCAACGUUUACAUCAAGAACUUCGGCGAGGACAUGGAUGAUCCGAGACUGAAGGAGCUCUUUGAUAAAUAUGGUAAAACACUGAGCGUGAAGGUCAUGACUGACCCCACAGGGAAAUCUCGUGGAUUUGGGUUUGUGAGCUAUGAGAAGCAUGAGGAUGCUAACAAGGCUGUGGAAGAGAUGAAUGGUAUGGAGCUUAAUGGUAAGACGGUGUUUGUUGGCCGAGCACAGAAAAAGAUGGAGAGACAAGCAGAACUCAAGAGGAAGUUUGAACAGCUCAAACAGGAAAGAAUCAGCAGAUAUCAGGGUGUGAACUUGUAUAUCAAGAAUCUUGAUGACACCAUUGAUGAUGAGAAACUUCGUAAAGAGUUCUCUCCUUUCGGCUCCAUUACCAGUGCCAAGGUGAUGCUGGAGGAUGGCAGGUCCAAAGGUUUUGGCUUUGUGUGUUUCUCCUCACCCGAGGAGGCCACAAAGGCCGUGACAGAGAUGAACGGCCGUAUUGUGGGCUCCAAACCACUGUAUGUAGCCCUGGCCCAACGCAAAGAAGAACGCAAAGCUCAUCUGACCAAUCAAUACAUGCAGCGUAUCGCUGGCAUGAGGGCCAUGCCUGCCAACGCUAUCAUCAACCAGUUCCAGCCUGCCGGUGGUUACUUUAUGCCCGCUGUGCCACAGGCCCAGAACAGAACGACAUACUAUGCACCAAACCAGCUCACUCAGAUGCGUCCGAACCCUCGCUGGCAGCAGGGUGGCAGAGGUCAGGGUGGUUUCCAGGGCAUGCCCAACUCCUUGCGCCAGCCAGGGCCCCGUGCCAACAUACGCCACAUGGCCCCCAGUGCUUCCACCCAGGGCCCACGCGGGAUCCCCACAGGUGCACAGAGAGUGGGACCAAUGGGUCCCCGCCCGGGCAUGGGGGUGACGACUCCACGUGCCAUGCCCCCAUACAAGUACGCCACCACCAUACGACACACUCAGCCUCAGGUCGUGCAGCCCAUUACUCUGCAACAGGCUCAGCCAGCUGUUCAUGUGCAGGGUCAGGAGCCUCUCACUGCCUCCAUGUUAGCUGCCGCUCCUCCUCAGGAACAGAAACAGAUGCUUGGUGAGCGGCUGUUUCCUCUCAUCCAGGCAAUGCACCCCAGUCUAGCCGGGAAGAUCACAGGAAUGCUGCUAGAGAUAGACAACUCUGAGCUGCUGCACAUGCUGGAGUCCCAUGAGUCUCUGCGCUCCAAGGUGGAGGAGGCUGUCGCAGUGCUUCAGGCUCAUCAGGCCAAGAAAGAUGCCACACAGAAAGUGGGAGUCACCGCUGCGACUGUAGCCGCAACAUCAUGACCAUUUUCUGCAAGGUGAAGCUGAAAGGCUGAAGAGAGAUCACCACUGUCUGGUUUCGUCUGGUGGCAACCAAUAAGAACACAAAAAAAUAAAACAAGAAAAAAAAGAAAAAUACAAAAUGAUACUUGAACACAAAGAAGACAAUUUUGUUGCAGGGCUUACAUUUUUAACUCUGUAAUGAUUUUUCAACUAAAGUACGUUUUAAAAAGAGGCAGUUCUGUGAGGGAAGAGCCUCUGUAUUGUGGCCAGGACUGACUUUUUCUAUGAGGAACUGGAAAACUUGGUUCUUCAGUGAGCUGUGUGUUUGCUGCCUUGAUUGGCCCUCACUUGUCCCAUGACAAUAACCCGAGUGGUGUGGCACUCUAAAUAAAGGGAUAACUAUUUAAAAUGAAA